AUGUGUGACGAAUUGCCGACGGCAUAUUCGCUGCGGUACAGAACUCAUCUGUUCUACACUGAAUUUGAUUACCAAUCAGUAAGUUGUGGACGAAUUUAUUAUCCGUCACGCUUAAUUGAUUUUAAGCAAACCGUCGAUGUUUCUUUGGUAACGCAUCUUACGACUGAAAGACUUGCAUCAUUAGAUGAAGUACUUUCGCGAUGGCGAGGUCCAGCAUCCGUUGCCCUAUAUGUGACCGAUUCAGAAGUCUAUCGUUUCAAACAGUAUCUGAAGCACUGUCCUUCAGUGAACAGGAAGAACGUCGCCUUCCAUAUCGUCUAUCAAGAAGGGGCAAUAUAUCCCAUAAACCAGUUGAAAAAUGUUGCGCUGACAAACGUCGUCACUCCAUUCGUACUUCUUGUGGAUGCGGAUUUCAUCCCAGCCGACGACCUUUAUGCAGACUUGAUAAUUGCGAUAAAAAAUCAAGGCGAUUUAAGAAAGAAAGCGUUGAUCGUUCCUGCAUUUGAAACAUUCAGUUAUCAGUUGGAUUUCCCAAACACGAAAUCAGAACUUUUGCAAAUGCUGGAAGACGACCAGAUAUUCAGUUUCAAGUUAGUGUAUCAUUUUUACCACUUGGUUAACUAA